UAAAACAGCAACAUGUGUUAACAAGUGUGCUGAGGUAAGUGCAUGUGUCCAUUUACAUGAUCUGCUAAAUCUCUUUUGACAUUGUGUUGUACUCGUGCUCUACUGUACAUCCUGGAUGUUUGAUUCAAGUUGACAUAAAUACUACUACAGAGCUGUCAAAUGUUAGAAACAGAUGACCAAGCAUGCGUGUUAUAUGACACACUUUGCACAACCUUUGACUAAAAUGAAAAUCUGCUCCUAAUGGCAAUUUAAAAUGAACAUUUCUUGACAUGUUUCCCUUCCUGUAAGCAGGGGAUAUCUGUGAAGAGAGACUUCCAAGUCACAAACAUGUGGAAGUUCCAGAAAAGUUUGCGCUGUUUGUUCCUCCUCUGCUGCAUCUGCUCGACUGAGUGCCGGGUGCUGAAGUUUGUCGUAGCUGUGUUCCGACACGGAGAUCGAUCGCCUAUUGAAUCGUAUCCCAAGGAUCCUCAUGGGGAGGGAGUGUGGGCUCAGGGCCUCGGACAGCUGACUGAGCUCGGCAUGCAACAACAGUUUGAGCUGGGCAGGUUUCUAAGGAGGCGUUAUCGCAACUUCCUCAGUGAGGACUACAACAACAAAGAGGUAUACGUGAGGAGCACUGACUACGACCGCACUCUGAUGAGCGCCCAGGCCUGCCUUGCUGGGAUGUUCCCCCCAACCAGACGCCCGCCUCCCAUCAUGCCACAGUUACUGUGGCGGCCUAUUCCAGUGCACACCACCCCCAGGGCCCAGGACAAGCUGCUGAAGUCUCCGGGCAAAGACUGUCCAAGGUUCAGAGCGCUGAUGACGGAGACCUUUGAGAGCGAUCACUACCAGAGGUUCCUCAGGGCUCAUCAGUACUUUGUGGAGGGACUUUCCAACCACACUGGCUACCCCGUCUCCAAACUGGUUGGCAAAAAGAUAUGGAGGGUGUACGACACUCUCACCUGUCAGAGAAUCCAUAACUUGACUCUCCCACGCUGGGCCACCCAAGACGUUCUGGACACCCUGAAGAGAAUUGCAUCAUUUGAGGUCAUGUACAGCAUCCUCAGUCACAAGCGAAAGGAGAAGGCCAGGCUCUCGGGAGGGGUGCUGCUGAAUGCCAUCCUGAGGAAUUUCUCCAGGGCUGUAGAGCAAGGGAGCACUCUCAAAUUCAUUAUGUACUCAGCUCAUGACUCUACCCUCAUCACCCUCCAGGCGGCUCUGGACGUGUACAACAGCCUUCUUCCUCCUUACGCUGCCUGUCAACUCUUCGAGUUCUACCAGGAGUAUGAUGGCUCUUAUUCUCUGGAGCUGUAUUACCGCAAUGACUCCAGGCGCGACCCGUACCCCAACCCGGUGCCAGGAUGCAACGGGUUGAACCUCUGUCCUUUGUCCACGUUCACUGAGCUGGCGCGGGACGUGGUGGCAGAGAACUGGGAGGCUGAGUGUGGCUUUCGCACAAGAUUGUCAAGCACAGGUGUCAUAACAGCCCUUGCAGUGGCUGUGGGUCUCCUGGCAGUGGCGCUGUUGUUCAGCAUAGGAGUGGCAAUCCGCAGGAGGAGAGCAAACUACUCCAGGGGGGUGUAGUGCAGACGACUGUAACACAUGUG